AUGGCCUCUCCGGAGAAGAUGCUCCCUGGGCCGGCCGCCUUGCUCUGCUGCCUCUGCUCGCUGCUGCUCCCCGCUCAGGCCAAGGCAGCAGCCCCCAGCCCCGAGCCCGCCGAGCUGCCCGCUGCCAUCACGCUGCCCGUCAGCUACCGCCUGUCCAACGCCCGCCUGGCCUUUUUCCUCAAGGAGCUGGGGGGCGGCCGAGGCGCCAACGGCAGCGCCCCGCUGCAACGCGCCGAGCCCUUCGUCGUCUUCCAGACCAAGGAGCUGCCCGUCCUCAACGUCACCCUGGGCCCCUUCAGCACGGGCUUGGUGCUUCCCAAGGAGCAGCUCCAACCUUCCAGCACCCUGCAAGUCCCCGACCGCCUGACGGUGAACUGGAAGGUCCGAGCUUUCAUCGUGCAGGCGCGGCUGCCGGCCGAGCAGCCCGUGGUGCAGGUGCUGUUCUACGUGGCGGGGAGGGACUGGGACGACUUCGAGGUGGGCGAGCGGCUGCCGUGCGUGCGGCUCCACGCCUUCCGCGACGCCCGCGAGCUCAAGAGCUCGUGCCGCCUGCGGGGCGGCUUGGCCAUGUGCUUGGUGCAGGCCGAGCUGCCCCGCGCCUGGUUUGGUCCCCCGACCCUACCUUUGGGUAGGAGGAAGAGCUCGGAGAGUUUGGAGUUGGCGGGGGAGAGCCAGCAAGCCGAGCUGUACUACACCCUGCACGCUCCGGACGCGGGCGGCCGCUGCCUGGGCGACGCGGGCACCGGGCGCGGGGCAGCCAGGAGCGAGGGACCCACCCAGCACCCGCUGCUGCGCAUCGGCAGCGUCAGCCUGCUGCGGCCCAAGCCCGGGCAGCCCCUGCAGGAGCACAGGCUGGAUGCCAACGUCUUCAUCCGCCUGCCAGACAAGCCCCUGAAGCCGGGUGAGGUGCUGAGCGUCCUGCUCUACCUGGUGUCCAACUCCACGGUGGAGCAUUUCACGCUCAGGGUGAAGGCCAAGAAAGGUGUCAACCUGCUGAGCACCAGGUCGAGGAGUGGGCAGUGGCUGGUGAGCUCGGAGCUGCUGACGGGUGGCAAACACUCCACUGCCACUGUCGAUGUGGCCAGGGUGGAGGGGGCUGGGCCCAGGGAUGGAGAUUCCUCCUCUGAGAUCAUGCAGCUGGAUUUCGAGAUGGAGAACUUCACCAGCCAGUCCGUGACGCGCCGCAUCAUGUGGCACAUCGACUACCGCGGCCGCAACCCCCCGCCUGACCUGGACAAGGUGGUGACAGAGCUGACGGUCAUCCAGAGGGACAUCAGGGCCAUUGUGCCCCUGGCCAUGGACACAGAGAUCAUCAACACAGCCAUCCUGACGGGGAGGACCGUGGCCAUUCCCGUGAAGGUCAUCGCCAUCGAGCUGAGCGGCGGCGUCGUGGACGUCUCGGCUAUGGUCGAGUGCAAGUCCAACAACGAAGACAUCAUCAAGGUCUCCAGCAGCUGUGAUUACGUGUUUGUCAGUGGGAAGGAGUCCCAGGGCUCCAUGAGUGCCAGGGUCACCUUCAGCUACGAGCACCUCUCUGCCCCUCUGGAGAUGACAGUGUGGGUGCCCAAACUGCCGCUGCACAUCGAGCUCUCAGACGCCAGGCUGAGCCAAGUGAAGGGCUGGAGGGUGCCCAUCCUGCCAGACAGGAGGUCGGUGCGGGACAGCGAGCACGAGGAGGACGAAGAGGAGAAGAAGCAGAGCCGUGGCUGUGCCCUGCAGUACCAACACACCACCCUGCAGGUCUUCACCCAGUUCCACACCACGGCAGCAGAGGGCACGGGGCAAGUGGUCACCAUGCUGGGGCCAGACUGGCUGGUGGAGGUCACCGACCUGGUCAGCGACUUCAUGCGCGUGGACGACCCGCGCGUGGCUCACAUGGUGGACAGCUCCACGCUGGCCGGGCGGGAGCCGGGCACCACGCUCUUCAAGGUGGUGUCCCCGCUGGUGGAGGCGGUGCUGGGCGAGACGCUGGUGACGGUGGCGGAGGAGAAGGUCAGCAUCACGGACCUGAAGGCUCAGGUGGUCUCCAGCCUCUCGCUGUCGCUCCAUGCCAGCCCUGGCAAUAGCCACACCAUCAUUGCCCGGACCUCUGUGCAGCAAACACUCAGCUUCCUCAAGCAGGAAGCGCUCCUGAGCCUGUGGAUUUCCUACAGCGACGGCACCACGGCCCCUCUGUCCCUCUACGACCCCAAGGACUACAACCUGGUGGUGAGCAGCCUGGAUGAGAGGGUGGUCUCGGUGAGCCAGGACCGGGCGUUCCCCUUGGUGGUGGCGGAGAGCGAGGGCUCGGGGGAGCUGCUGCGGGCUGAGCUCAUCAUCUGCGAGAGCUGCCAGAAGACCAAGCGCAAGAGCGUGCUCUUCACGGCCCUGGCCAGCGUCAGGGUCCACUUUGGGUCUGAAGAGGACCCAACCUAUGACUAUGACCACGUGCCCAGCAAGCCAGGGCUGGCAGAGGCAGGGGCAAGCACCACUCUGCGGGCAGAGGUGGAGAGGAAAGCAGGAGCCAGCGAGGACGGCGGCACGGCCGGCGCGUCUCACCCCACGCAGGACUUCCCCACCAUCCCCACCGGCUUUGUGCAGGUGACCAGGGGGCUGACAGACCUGGAGAUCGGCAUGUACGCCCUGCUGGGUGUCUUCUGCUUGGCCAUCUUGGUCUUCCUCAUCAACUGCAUCGUCUUUGUGCUGAAGUACCGGCACAAGCGCAUCCCUCCCGAGGGUCAGACCAACACGGACCAUUCGCACCACUGGGUGUUCCUGGGCAACGGGCAGCCUCUGCGCGCCCACGGCGACCUGUCCCCCCAGCCCCAGAGCCCUGGCAACCCUUUGGAGAACGUGCAGAGCUGUUGCCACGGGGAUCACCACAGCAGUGGCAGCUCCCAGACCAGCGUGCAGAGCCAGGUCCACGGCCGUGGGGACGGUUCCUCGGGGGGAUCCACACGGGACCAGGGCGAGGAGCCUCUCAAUUCCCCCACCUCCAAACGCAAGCGGGUGAAGUUCACCACCUUCGCCACGCUGCCCUCCGACGAGCUGGCCUACAACUCCAUCCCCAUCGCUGAUGAGGAGGACUUGGAGUGGGUCUGUCAGGACAUGGGGCUGCAAGACCCCCAAGAGCUUCACGACUACAUCUGCAGAAUCAAAGAGAUGGCUUAG